GUAAAAAUUAAUUCAUUGAAAAUGUCAAAAAGCAUCCGUUUUCUUUGUAUAUUUAGCUUCAUUAUCUUCAUUAUUUUUGCCUUGCAAGAAUUAAUUGGUGGAGUUAUUACUACUCCGAAUAAUGCACCGCUACAAGCUCAUUUGCCAAAUCAUCCUCUCAACACUAAAAUUGUUCCAACCAGAAUUGCAAUGCAACAUUGCAAUCUUUCAAAGCACUCAAAGACUGGGCCCCUCCAUUGUUCUUCUCAACACCACAGCACUUCUGCAUUAAUUGCUUCGAAAAAUGAUAAUUCAAUUGUGAUUGAAAAAGAAGUUAAAGGACAUACUAAAAGUGAAGACAAAAAGAUUUUUCCCUCUGAGGAAGAAAAAGAAGAGGAAGAAGAAUUAACCUCUCAAGAAAUUAAAAAUUCAUUGUUCGAAGCAAUAAUUAACAAAACCCAGAAAACAAAAAUGGGGAAAUAUUCGACAUUUAUUAAUGAAAUUUCUAAAAUGAUUUCGAAUGAUUUAACAACUUCAUCAAAUUUAGAAAAAUUUCCAACUUUUGCUGAGCAGCUACUCGAAAAUGGGAGUAAAACAGUCAUUAAAUUGACGGAAUUAGAAAAUAUUGUUAAAAACCAUUCAGAAUUUUUUGAAAAGGCAAUGGCUUUAAAUAAAGAAGAGGAAAGAUUAAUUAAAUUCCAAAUGGCUGGGAAUAAAUUAACAAAAGAAGAAAUUAAAGAAAAAUUAAAUAAAAUAAUUUUUGAAGGAACAAAUGAAGAAAAAUUGAUGAAAGAAAUUUUGGAAAUUUUAAAAAUUAAAGAAACGGAACAAAGUUUAAUUGGAACAAUUUACAAAGAGAAAAUUGAAUUAAAUGAUUGUUAUAAUAAUUUUCUUGUGAAGCUUUUCCCCAAUGAUUAUGAUGUUUUUGGGGAUGAGGAAACUAAGGAAGGAAGGAAAAUUAAAUGGGAGAUUAUUGAGAAGCUUGAAAUUUUGGAGAAAUGUUUGUUUGAAUAUUUUAUUAUUAUUAAAAUAUUAUUUAAAAAAUUGAGGGGUAAUACUUUGAGAUUGAAUUAAAAUAGUAUAAUAGGAGGAUAUUCUGGUUAAUUCUUUAUUCAUUAAUUUAGUCUCGGAACAAGUAAAAGAGAUUCUAUGUAGUCUAGAUGGAUAUAAUUCAAGAGUUUCACGGAUGGAUAAUAAGGUUACUGACCUGCCAAAAUCAGUCACUAUGCUGAGUCUCUAUGCCAAAAAAUCCUUUUUGAUUUUUAAGGGGAUAUCUCAGGUUUUUAAGAUCGACAAUAAUAUGUAUAUGUUUUCAU